AUGAUACGCACGAUUUCUUUGGUAGGCGCCUGGCUCAUCGCUAGCGGUGCUACUCUAGUGCAGGCCGACAGCAGUUUUGAACCGGCCAAUUUCAACGUCACUGCAGCGUUGAAAGGUUAUGGCGUUGAUACAUCCAGCAUACCUGCAUUGACAAACUUAUCAAAACGAUCAACAGAGUCAGCAUGCCUUGCAGCUUGCGCUAGUCUUGAGUCCGUCUUUGGCUCCGAAAAAGUCCUAGAUCAAGAGAACACGAGCUAUACCACUUUCACGGACGCUUUUUGGUCUGAGCAGCAAGCAGAGGUUCGUCCGUCUUGUAUUUUCAAGCCUAGCGUCAACACAGAUGUUGCCAUCGUUGUGCUGUUAUCUCAGCUGACCAGGUGCCCGUUCGCGGCCAAGAGCGGCGGCCACGCUGCCUUCCGGGGCGCGUCUAGUAGCCCUGGAGGUAUCACCAUCUGGUUCACUGAUAUGAAUGAGGUGAGCCUGAAUGAGGACCAUUCCAUCGCAUCUAUUGGGCCAGGGAAUCUCUGGGGGCGGGUUUACAAGGCACUCGAACCGUAUGGAUUAGCUGCUAUCGGCGGCCGGGAGAGUAGCCUUGGGGUGGGGGGAUUUGUUACUGGCGGUGGCAUUUCAUUUCACUCCAACCUGUAUGGUUGGGCCUUGGAUAACGUGGAGAGUUUUGAGGUCGUGACAGCCAGCGGUCGAAUUGUGACGGCUAACGCAACAAACUUUCCGGAUCUUUACUGGGCUCUCCGCGGCGGAGGCAAUAACCUUGGUCUAGUUACCAAGUUUAACUUGUACACAAUCCCGAGUUCGACAAUGCGCGGGACUACGCGUGUCUUUGAGGAAGCUCGACUCCCGGAGGUCGUCAGCGCUUUUGGAAGUGUCUCCCGUGGCGCGACAGCCGAUGGCAACGCCCAACAGUACGUAGCAUUUGCCCGUAUGCAAGGAGUGAGUGUUGCGUCCGCGGAGCUCUCGUACGCCCUGAAUAUCACAGACCCACCCAUCUUUAAGCCAUACAGAGACAUUCCCGCAUUGGCCGACACAACCGAGUCCAGGAGCCUGGUGCAGUACUGCGAGUAUAUCAAUGACCAAAACCCUAGCGGACACCGGGAGAUGUACUGGACAAUUGCGACGCAGCUGGAUGAAUCGUUUGCUCUCUGGGCGGCCGAAUAUUACUUCAAGAUCGUGCCGCAAGCAGCUAAUAUCACGGGUGGGAACCCCGUAAUAAUUUACCAGGCAUUGACGGAGCCGAUGCUGGCCAACGUGACUAAGUUCGGUGGCAAUGCCUUGGGCUUGGAUACAUCACAAGGGCCGCUUAUAUUAUUCAACAUGGCCUUUUGGUGGGAUAACGCUGCUGAUGACAAUGCUGUCUACACUUUCAUUCACAAUUACUACAAAGUCAUCACUGACGAAGCAAAGAAGCGUGGGAUUGCCCAUCAGUACAUCUAUAUGAACUAUGGCAGUCAGUUCCAGGAUGUCAUUGCGGGAUAUGGUGCGGACAACAAAGCCCGCCUGCAGAAAGUGGCAGCAACUUAG